CUACCGUUAUGUACUUCCGGCUUUUCACAACCCAUUCCGGAAACUGUUUCUCCCUUUCCCUGAGACCUAGCCGCCUCGACCCAGAGUAAUCCCAUAUCCCCUCCCUCUCCGUGACGCACUUCCGGCUUGCCCCGGAUGUUGUGGCACGCACCGGCGCCGGCGGCUCUUGGCGGGGAGGGCAGAGCAGUGCAGCGGCUGGCGAUGACGUCAGCUACCGGCAGGCGGGACCAGAAGUAGGGGGCGGGGCCGCGAUGGCGGCUCCGAGUGCGGGGGGGUCUCAGGGGGGCACCGAGGACGAGCACGAGGUGGUGCGCGUGCGCGUCAAGAAGUGUGAGGGGCUGCUGCCACCCGAGUAUCGCUCCUUCGCCGUCGACCCCCAGAUUACGUCAUUUGAUGUCCUGCAGCACAUCCUAGUUCGUGCCUUCGAUCUUGGCGGGAAAAAGAGCUUCGGUAUCAGCUACAUGGGCCGAGACCGACAGGGUCAGGACACCUGGUUCCCGCUGCUGUCAGACGGGGACCUGGGUGUGGCCUUUACUGGAGCCUCCUGUCCCCACCUGCAGCUCCGGGUCGACAUCCGCACUGCCGAGGACAGCCCCCUGCUGGAGGACUGGGACAUCAUCAGCCCCAAGGAUGUGGUGGGCUCAGAGCCAUUGCCUGGGGAGCGCAGGUCACUGGCAGCUGCUGCCCUGCCUCUCACCCAAGCCAUCCUCUCCCAGGUGGGGCGCACACUGUGGCGGGUACAGCAGGCACUGAGCUGGACGGGGGGUGAGGAGACACCAGCCCCAGCACCGCCCCUGAACGAAGCUGAGUUCCAUGCGUUGCUGAGCCCUGAUGGGCGCCUGGCCCGGCCUGAGGACCUGCGGCUGCGCGUCUACCAUGGUGGUGUUGAGCCCUCCCUGCGCAAGGUUGUUCGGCGCCACCUGCUGACCGUAUCCCCAGUCGGGCUGACAGCGCCACAGCGCCUGGCCUAUGUGCGCCGCAAGGCCCGGGAGUAUGAGGUGCUCAAGCAGGCAGCACCAGGUCGGGCACCAGGCCCUGAGGACGCCGCCUUUGUGCGUGCUGCUGUGGCCAAGGACGUGGCCCGCACCGACCGGGCUCAGCCAUACUAUGCUGGCCCUGAUGACGGCCCCCGCCUCCGGGCUUUGGAGGACCUGCUGGUCACCUAUGCUCUGGCCCAUCCCCGUGUCUCCUACUGCCAAGGCAUGAGCGACUUGGCGUCCCCACUCUUGGCCGUCCUGGAUGAUGAGGCUCAAGCCUAUGUGUGCUUCUGCGGCCUCAUGAAACGCCUGGAAGGGAACUUCCUCCCCGACGGCCGGGCCCUGGGCCUCAAGUUUGCCCACCUGCGGCUGCUUCUGCGCCGCCUGGACCCCCCUUUCCAUGCCUACCUGGCUGCCCGUGGUGCUGAUGAUCUCUUCUUCUGCUACCGCUGGCUCUUGCUUGAGCUCAAGCGGGAAUUUGCCUUUGAGGAUGCCCUGCGGGUCCUCGAGGUGCUCUGGAGCUCCCUGCCCCCUGACCCCCCUGAGAAGGAGGUGGAGUUAGAGGGGCCCCCACUGGAGGGUGGCAGGGGGCUGGGAGUCCGGGGACGGCAUAUGAUGCGGCCAGUGGGUCCCCCCCCGGCCCCCCCCCCCCCUCGCCCCCCGCCACAGGAGCUGGGCCGAGGCAACCCUUUCCUGCUCUUUGUGUGUGUCGCCAUGUUGCUGGAGCAGCGUGAGUGCCUCCUGCAACAUGACCUGGACUACGAUGAUGUGGCUGUCCACUUCGACCGCCUGGUGCGGCGCCACAGUCUGACCCGUGUACUGCCCCGUGCCCGUGCCCUGUUUGCCGACUACCUGCGCUCUGAAGUCUGGGACUCUGAGGAGGUCGAUGAGGCAGCUGCUGAAUCCCCCCAACCCUCCUGACCAGGGCCUGGAUCCUAGCACUGGUUCCCCUUGCCAGAUCUCAGAACCAGAGAUUGCUGGAUUUCCUUGCUGAAUUCUAGCACUGGAUCCUGCCAUCAGAUACCACCUGAUCCCUUUGCUAGAUCCUAGCACCAUGUCCCAGCCACUGGAUUCUAUUGGAUCCCCUUGCCAGGUCCCUUUACUCAAUUUUUUUUUUUUUUAAUUUGAUUCCAGUUGUCUGAUCUCCUUGCUGGAUCCUACCAUCAUGUCCACUUGCCAAAUAUUAUCCCUGGAUCCUAAAUCCAGGUUCCAUCACUGUUCCAUUGUCAGUUCACAGUCCCAGAAAGUGGUUUGCCAGGUCCUUAUGCUGGAUCCCACCACUGGAUCUACUUACUGGAUCCCUGCAUGCAGAUCUUCCCAUCUAGUUUCCCUUGCCUAAUCCUGUUGCCUGGGCCUAGUACCAGAUCCAACCACUGGAUCCCUGUGCCUGAUCCCAUUGCAUCAUCUCAGAUACCAGUACUGGGUCCUGCUGCUGGACCCCCUGGCUGAGGGUUCAUCACCAGAUCCAAUCACUGAGUGCCACUGCUGGGUUCUCUUGCUGGAUCCAAUUGCUGGGGUCCUAGUGUCAGACUUUGCCACUGGAUCCCUUUUCUGCAUCCUGGUACUAAAUCCUUCUAUUGAAUCCUAUUGUCAUAGCAUCCCAUCAUGAGAUCCCAGGGAGGCCCAGUGAUUGGCCCAUGGACCAACUGAGAUCCACCCAUCUUCAGCCUUGGAUUCUGCCCACAUAUAGAGACAGGAUCUUCUCUCUGCCUCAAAUUCCCCCUCCUCUGGAUUGAGUGAUCUUGGCAGUUUCUCCAUAGACCAGCUGGGAUCUAUCUGUUUUGGCCUUGAAUCCUGUUGUCCUAGGUGGGGUGUUUUCUGCCUGGACUGAGUGAUCUGGGCAGAUCCUCCAGGUGAUCUUGGCAGGUUCUCCAUGGAUGUACUGGGAUCUGUUCACCUAUUUGGCCUUGGAUUCCAUCCCCACACCAGAUCUUCCCCUUUCCUGCCAUUGAAGGUUCCUGCCUCUUGGAGGGUUCUCUGUGGACCAGCUGGGAUCCACCCAACUGUUCAGCCUAUGAUCAGCUCCUUUGGUUUUUGCCUUGGAUCCCUUCCUCUCCCAUGGAAUCUCUACCUGCCUUCUUUCCUUUCCUUCCCACCAUGGGUGGUAAGAUCUCAGCAGGAUCCACUCAUCUGAUUAGCCUGAGAUUCUGCCCCACCACUGGAUCUCUCUGUGCAUUGAUUUCCCUGCUGCCUCCUAUAGGAUCUUUUACUGCCUUGAUUCCCUCCUGCCCUGGAUGGAGUGAUCUUGGCAAGAUCCACCCAUGGAGCUGAUGGGAUCCACCCUGCUUACCCUGAGGUUUUUAGAUCUACCCAUGGACCAACUGGGAUCUGCUCUGUUUGGCUUUAGAUCUUCUCUCUACCCCUACAGGAUUUACAUAUGCCUUGCUCCUCACUCCUGUGGGUCAAGUGAUCUAGGGAAUAUCCACCUUUGCCCUGGCUGGAAUCCACCAAACUGUUUGGCCUUGGAUUCUUCCCCCACCCCCAGCAAAGAAGGGCCCUCCCCUUGCUUUGCCCUUUACCCUGUUGAUCAAGAGAUCUGGCAGAUUUUCCACAGACUGAUUGGAAUCUGCUGUUCUAUUUCACCUUAGUUCCUCUGAGGGUCUUUCUCACCCCCCCCCCCC